AUGGUAGCCAAUUUAAAUUCAAAUUCAAAUCAUCAUAUAAACAAUGAAAAAGAUGAAAUUGAAUUGGAAUUAUUAGAUCAUCAAGAUCAUCGUCAUCAAGACAAUGAUAAAAUGGUUGGAAAAGUAAAAGAUGAAGCAAGUGGAAAGAAAAAUAAGAAAAAUAAGAAAAAGAAAAACAAAAAGAAAAAGAAUAAAGAAUUAUUAAAACAUGAAGAAGAAGAAGAUGAUGAUGAAAAGAAAGAAGAGGAGGAAUCUAUAACCAUUGAUAUAAAAGAUAAAGAAGAUGAACGAUCAACAUUUAAUAUUGAUUUAGAGUAUAUAAAUACUUUAUUUAAUAUAGAUGACCCAUUUUUAAAACAUUUGUUAGUACAGAGUGAUGGAUUAAAACAUUUAGAGAGAUCACUCAAGACUGAUAGGUUGGAGGGAUUGUCAAGAGAGGAGCAAGAGUAUGAUCAGUUUCGUGCAAGACAGCUGGCAUUUGGAAAGAAUGUAUUGCCACCUGUAAAGACUAGAUCAUUGAUCUCUUACUUUUUGGAAAGCUUACAGGAUCAUAUGAUGAUCAUGUUGGCGGUGGCUGCAAUCGUGUCGUUGGUGAUAGCAGUGUUGUGGCGCCGUGAAGACAAUGGAUGGAUCGACAGCAUAUCAAUCAUUGCUGCUGUACUGAUUGUUGUGACUGUCACCUCACUCAACAACUAUAGCAAAGAAAAGCAGUUCCAAAAACUCAACAAACAACGUACCAAUGUGAUGGUCAAGGUGGUACGUAGCGGUCGAUACAGUGUCGUACCGACAUCAGAGAUUAAUGUAGGCGAGAUUAUUGUCAUCGAGACGGGUAUGAUCGUGCCGGUCGACGGGUUCCUCGUGCAAGGGUUUGGUGUGUCGUGUGAAGAGUCUGCGUGCACAGGCGAGAGUGCAGCCGUCAAAAAGGAUGCCAACCCAGUACUGGGACGCAUGCGCAUGUUGUCAGGCUCGCUCGUGACCGAGGGGUGUGGCAGUAUGAUGGCACUGUGUGUCGGUGUCAACAGCAUGAAUGGAAAGACGAUGAUGUCGCUGCGUGUUGAGAAUGCCAAGACCCCGCUAGAGGAGCGUCUCGACAGUCUGGCAGGCACCAUUGGUAAAGUUGGCGUUGUCAUUGCCGUGUUGACAUUUGCCAUUCUACUCGUUAAAACAACCAUCGCUACCAUGUCUGAUGCGAGCAAGUCGAUUCGAUCAGUAGAGUAUUUCAACAAUAUAUUGGACUAUCUCAUCACUGCCAUCACGAUUGUAGUCGUCGUUGUACCAGAGGGACUGCCACUCGCAGUCACCAUCAGUCUGGCGUACAGUAUGCUCAAAAUGCUUCGAGGAAACAAUCUUGUUCGUCAACUACAAGCUUGUGAAACGAUGGGUAACGCAACAGUCAUAUGUAGUGACAAGACUGGCACCCUAACCGAAAACAAAAUGACCGUCGUAUCUGGAUGGGUUGCUGGUAUCAACCUACAAGAACAACCCGAUGGUAUAGACUAUGCAGUAUUACCAACGACUCUAUCAGAAACAACCAAAAAGUUAAUAGUAGAUUCUAUUGUUAGUAAUUCUACAGCUCAACUAGACAGCGACCAAAAUCAAAAAAAGAAUGCAACUACAAUGUUUAUUGGAAAUCAAACUGAAUGUGCAUUACUUGGAUUUGCAAUGAAUUUACAUGGAGACUAUUUGUCGUUUGAUUUACCAAAACUUCGAUUAAAUCAAUCAAUAUGUACAGUUGUACCAUUUUCAUCGGAUACCAAGAUGAUGGCAACCAUAACAAAGUUGAAAGAGACUGAUCAAACUCAGACAUACCGAAUAUUUAUUAAAGGUGCCGCCGAGGUACUAUUAGGUCGGUGCUCGAGAUGGCACUCGUCACACGAUACUUUGAAAGAGAUGGAUGACCAACAACGAUCUAAUUUAUUGCAACGUGUCAAGAGUAUGUCUGCAGACCUACUUCGAACGAUUACGAUUGUCUACUUUGACAUUUACAUUGCUUCGGAAAACCCAACACCACUCGAACAAAUAUGGAAGCAAAUCUACAAUGACACCCUUACCUAUUCAAACUUUAUAUGUCUUGCUAUUCUCGGUAUACGUGAUCCAAUUCGAAAAGAGGUGCCACGUGCCAUUGCAAUUGCUCAACAAGCCGGUAUGAGCGUUCGAAUGAUCACGGGCGACAAUAUAGACACUGCCAAAAACAUUGCCAUCAAGCUUGGCAUUCUCACACCCGGAGGACACUGUAUGGAGGGGAGUCAAUUUAGAGAACUCACUCCACAACAAAUCGACCUACUCUUACCAAACAUUCAAGUCAUUGCUCGAUCAACUCCACUUGACAAACAACUAUUUGUCAAAUACCUAAAAGAAGCAAAAGAAAUUGUCGCCGUCACUGGUGAUGGUGUCAAUGAUGCUCCAUCUCUUAAACUUGCUCAUGUUGGUUUUUCAAUGGGUAUUACUGGUACUGAAAUUGCAAAAGAAGCUUCUGAUAUAAUAUUAUUAGAUGAUAAUUUUGCAUCAAUCAUAAAUGCAAUUAAAUGGGGUAGAAAUGUAAUGGAAUCAAUUCAAAAGUUUCUUCAAUUCCAAUUGACAGUUAAUUUUGUGGCAGUUAUCAUUUCAUUUGUUGGGUCUGUUACAAGUAGCACGGGAGCUAGUCCUCUAUCAGCGGUUCAAUUACUAUGGACCAAUCUAAUUAUGGAUACUUUGGCAUCACUGGCACUUGCCACCGAGGAACCCAAAGACAGUAUCCUACAGAGAAAGAGUAAAAAGGAUAAACGACUCAUCACCUUUUCAAUGUGGUUUAAUAUAGUUGGUCAAACCAUAUUCCAACUCUGUGUACUAUUUGUCAUCCUUUUCUUGGGUGACGCCAUAUUCCUUGGUUUAGUACCAUACAGUAAACAUCAUUACACCCUACUAUUUAAUACUUUUAUAUUUUUACAAUUAUUUAAUGAAAUUAAUUGUCGUAGAAUUCAUUCUUGUGAUAAAAAUGUAUUUGAAGGAAUUAAAAGUAAUUGGCAAUUUACAGUUAUUCUAUUUAUUUGUACUAUUGUUCAAGUGAUCAUUAUUGAAUUUGGAGAGAAUUUUGUACAGACGGUUCCGUUGGGUGGUUAUGAAUGGGUUAUUAGUGUGGGUCUUGGAUCAAUGGGUUUGCCAUGGGGACUGUUGAUUAAAACCAUUCGUCAUUCAUACUCUGAAUACAAAAAAUCAACCAGACGACUACAAUUGGAAGAUAUCCCAACUAAAUCACUUAAAUAUCAUUUAGUAUCCUCUGGUACUACAACAGUAUCUUCAUUUAAACCAUUUUCAAACAUUACAAAAAGAUUAAAAGCUUCUUCUUCUAAAAAAUCAACCAAACAAGAUGAAGAAAGUCAACUAGUUGAUAAUAUCAAAUAUUUUGCAAUUACAAAUGAAUCAGAUAAUGAUGAUGAUAACGAUAAUGAUAUAGAUCUUGGUGAUGAUGAAAUGGAACAGAAAUAUGAUGAAGAUGAAGAUGAAUGCCAAGAUGAAGCAUCAAAAGAACAAAACAAGAAAAAGUGGAAUACAGCCAUUCAAAAAGUUAGAUUACAACAAAGAGUCAUUAAAUUGUUGAAACCUUAUAUCAACAACAACAACACCAGUACUACAUCAACAACAUCUACAACAUCAACAGCAACAAUAAUAACCCAUGGAUAA